GACGGCUUCUCUUUCAUCUUUCCUCUCGCACUCUUAGCAAGACGCAGCGAGAGAGAGAGGGAGGGGGGAGGAGAGUUACAUUACCAACACACAUUACAGAAGCACUGCAUUACAAGGAGCGGAGCUCCAGUUUGGAGUCAUUUUACGACGUAUUGAUAUAAGAUACAAGAACUUUUGGACUUUUGGGAUUUUUUUUUUACAAAUUCGUGUUUAGGUUGUUUUGAACGAAUGAACAAGGAUGCGUUAUAGGUGUACAAAAAGUGUCAUGCUGCGCCGUUUGUAAACACAGCGGGGACAAAAAGACUUGAAAUAGUAGCUUUUUUUUGAAAGAACGCGGUUUGUGAAGCCUAAAAAACACACCAAGCAGGUUGCACUUUUUUGUACUUCACGGUUGUUUUUUACGGGAGUGGAAUCCGACGUAGAAACGAAUUUUAACAUUAUCUGGGGCGCUGAAGAGGAAAUAUUUUAAGGUUGUCUUCAAUUUUAUAUAGUGGGUUAUUUAUUGUACACCGCAUACUCACGGAAAAAUCUAGCGUGUUUUUCAGCACGUAUCGAUUAUUGUUCUUGAACAAAAACUGGUAUCCGAGUCAAGUCCACGGAGUUUGGGCAGCGUUUUGGCAACUGAAAACCCCACAAACUGCGGACUGCCGUACAAAAACGUUUCUUCAGUAUUUGUUUUUUUUCCCCUCUUUCUUCACUCAAUGUGAGAUUUUGAUUUUUACCUUUACCUAUAAAAUGUUUAAACUGCAUUGGGUAUUUUGGUUCUGAAUAAUUUUAAGAAUUCACGAUACUGAAAAAAGUCGAAAACACCGUCGAAAACGCUCCUGUUGCUGUAGUCAAUACAAGCGGUGUUGCAGACAGAGCACUCACACUAAGACUCGAGUACGAUACGUUUUUCCUUAACGGGAACUCUUCCACUUUCACUUUGGGAUUAAGAACAGUUAUUUUUUUAAUAUUAUUGAACGGGAGUGCUUGCGUUCAUUUGAAAAACAAAUAUGCCCCAGCUAGCUGGAGGGGGUGGCGGCGGCGGAGACCCGGAACUGUGCGCAAACGAUGAAAUGAUCCCUUUCAAAGAUGAAGGGGAUCCACAGAAGGAGAAGAUUUUUGCCGAAAUUAGUCACCCAGAGGAGGAGGGCGAUUUGGCUGAUAUCAAGUCAUCUCUAGUGAACGAGACGGAGAUAAACCCCAACAGUAACAGCCAUGAGGCAGCUAGACAGUCCCAAGUACCCCAGGAUUCAUACCAUGAAAAACACAGAGAACAUUCUGAUGAUGGGAAGCAAGAUGGAAGCUUAUACAACAAAGGACAUCCUUACCAAGGCUAUCCAGGCUACAUCAUGAUGUCAAACAUGAACAAUGACUCCUACUUGAGCAACGGAUCCUUGUCUCCACCCAUGCCCAGAACGUCGAACAAGGUACCAGUAGUCCAGCCAUCUCACGCAGUGCACCCCCUGACCCCCCUGAUUACGUAUAGUGAUGAGCACUUUGCACCUGGACCACACUCUGGACACCACCCCCAGGAUGUCAACUCCAAACAAGGUAUGCCCAGGCAUCACCCUGGUCCUGACAUUGCCAAUUUCUAUCCACUGUCUCCUGGAGGAGUUGGGCAGAUCACCCCUCCAUUGGGAUGGCAAGGUCAGCCUGUGUAUCCAAUCUCAGGUGGAUUUAGGGAACCCUACCCAUCUGCCCUCCCAGUCGACACCCCUAUGGCCAGGUUUUCACAUCACAUGGUGCCAGGACCCCCAGGACCCCACACUACUGGAAUCCCUCAUCCUGCUAUUGUCAAUCCCCAGGUCAAACAUGAGCAUCCUCACGACAGCGACCUCAUGCACAUGAAACCUCAGCAUGAACAGAGAAAAGAGCAGGAGCCCAAAAGACCUCACAUCAAGAAACCUCUAAAUGCUUUCAUGUUGUACAUGAAAGAAAUGAGAGCAAACGUCGUAGCAGAGUGUACGCUGAAAGAGAGUGCUGCUAUCAACCAGAUUCUGGGAAGGAGGUGGCACGCUUUAUCUCGGGAAGAGCAAGCUAAGUAUUAUGAAUUAGCCCGUAAGGAACGGCAGCUUCACAUGCAGCUUUACCCUGGCUGGUCUGCAAGAGACAAUUAUGGAAAGAAGAAGAAGAGGAAGAGAGAGAAGUUACAAGAGCCUGCAUCAGGAGGAAAACGAAACACUUUCUCCACGUGCAAAGCGAAGGCAGCAGCUUCGGGGCCCCUUUUAGAGAUGGAAGCCUGCUAGACCCAAAUGGCCCAGUCCACCCCAAGAGGAACCCAGAGCAUUGACAACGUUCUUCAUCCUGCAGUCACUGCUUUAGAGACACUGAACUGUAAAGACAAUCACACUCUGACCCUCACUUGAACACAGUAUGCACACAAAAAAAAACCCAACAAAAUAUCAACGUUCUCACAGCCACAAACUCGCCACCUGUUUUGAAGAGUACAAAUUCCUGGAUUCUCACAGUCGCACAUGCCUGUGUCUAAGCUGUUUACGAACACCUCAGUUUUUUUGUUUUUUUCAUCCUACUGCCCUCUACAGCACUCCUUCUGCCUGGCACACUAGAUAUUUUUAUCCACAUUUGGCUAGAAAGCAUGCCCCCCCCUUGUUUUCACCUUGGCACACACCCUGUUCAGACUACAUUGCCACGCAGAACAUAGAGGGAUCAUGUGUUGUCAAGGAAACGGACACUCAAACCUCUGUUAGUUAAAACAAAAUGGUGCAAAAGGAUCAAUGCCGAUUAGUUUUUUUGGGGUUCAAGUUUAUUUUGAAUGCUUUUAUAUUUUAACUUUUAAGUUUUAAUUUCUUGGUGUAUAUUUUCAGUGGUUGUUUUUGUUUUUAUUUUUUUAUACGGAAAAUAAAUAAGCUUUGGAAACAGGAAGGCCAUGUUUUUUGUUUUUCCUGUUGAAGCGUCUUGCAGAAAUGAGAAAAAAUAAAGGCUUCUUUUGAUAACUAUUUGUAACAAAUAGUGACCUCUCAGUCUUUGUCAAAUGUACAUUAGAGCUCAAUACGUGUACUUUUUUAAAAAGUUGUCAAGAUAUGUCAGUUAUACUUUUCUUGGUAUUUUUGCAGGUGAUUAUAUGAACAAGCAGUUAAAAUAGGCAACCAGAAGCCUAUAUUUUCCUUUCUCAACAAACAAAUGGAACAAAUAUAUAUAUAUAUCCCAGCACUUGGCAGUCUAUUUUAUUGCAAUGUAUUUGUCUUCUGUUUCUGGUAGCUAAUAGUGAUCUUAUGCCAUUUCUACUCCAUGCAAGCAUUUCUGUAACAUUUUUAGUAUUAACUGAUACAUUUUUCCUUUAUUUUUGAAUCACUGUCAACUUGGGAUAGCACUUUGCUUCCAAGUGGUUACAUUUUAAAUGUGUUUAAACAUAUUUUUGUUUUUUUAAGAAAAUAAAAAGACAGCAUUGACUGAAAAUUGAGUCUCUGUGUUACAGUUUUUAACAAUGCAUUGUCAGUACAGUCUAUCAGGAUAAUUACAAUACUUACAGUAGUUUACUACAUUUUGAUUGCCAAAAGAAAUGGAUGAGAAAUGUGUUUUGUGCAAUCGUUCCCCAUUAUUCAAAAUGACCACAUGUACAGUAUGGUGCCUUGCAAAAAAGUUCUUCACUCCCUUACAAUGAUGUCACAUUUUGUCAAUUUGCAUAAUGAAUAAACAUGAAUGUGUUUUCAAUUAAACAUUGAGUGCUCAAACAUAAUUUAAGGGUGAAAGAAGUGAAAUGGCUGCAGGAACUGCAAAGAAAAAAACAUGUUGAUUGCAUAGGUACAGUAUUCAUCUCUUUUUCCUCCAACAAAUGAUUGAUGUCAACACGUGGUAAAAGGGUUUGUGGCCACACAACCAUUGUGAUGAGCCUUGAGGACAUUUGAUUCCUGCCUUUUGCCGAGAGCAUGAAAUAAUGUGAAAACUAUCGGCACUCCUUAUAGUUAUUUAUUGUCCACAUGAACUAUUGUAACUUGCAACUUCAAGUGUACCAUGUGUGAAUGAAGAGGUCAUGCAUUUAAACAUUUUUUCUGUUUUCCAGCAUCCCACACAAUUCAUGCUAACUGCCUCUGCAUUAACUGAACUGCAGAUCUGUUUUUCACUUUUACAGUACAGGAGCUACUGCACACCAUCUUCUAACUUGGAAUCUCACUCAGAGCAGCUCCUAAGAAGAGUACACACUUUUAACCAUCUCCACUGAAUUCUGACUCUUUAAUUACACUUCUGAUGCAGCGCAAAAAGAACAGGCAGUUCAUUUCUGAAUGGCCUUAGCUGAAAUGUGGAGAUGACUUCAAAGCGCUGAAGGAACAGUCAUUUAAAUCUUGAUGUAAACCUGCUGUUUGGUCACAUUAAAGAUAGAACACUGAGUAUAGAUCUUUCCUUCCAUUCUUCUACCUCUCCCACUCAAUGUAUUCAGUCUCAGAAGGAUGAGUUGAAUCAAUUAUAAUUCACUUUGCUGUGCUGGACAAAUGCAGAUUAGCCAAACCUCCAUGUUCCUCAGCUCUUUUCAUCACUUAAUAUGGCACCUUUGAUGCUAUGAUCUUGCCCUCAGCAUUGUCUUACAAGAACACUUAUAAGUAGAGAGGCGUUGCAGGUUGACAGAUAUCCCUUUAGCCUUGGUCAGCUUUCUUCUGCCAUUAUAAAACAGGUCUCCGAGCUGUUUCCAGCCAGCCAUCAAAGAGAAUACAUUUUUGAAUAAUUUAAAAGCGUGUGUUAAUUUUGCGCUGUUUCUUACCCACAGAUCCCAGCAAGGCUGCAGUUAUCACAUGGUGAAAUAUCCUGAAUUUCACUACACUUCUUCACAAAGGUUUUUUUACCAUUUUGAGAUUAAAGCCUCAAAAGCAGGACUGGUCAAUAUCAUGGGUGGUCUGUCCUUCCACAAGUGAGACAUCCAGCAAUUAGAAAUGCCAGAUAAGGAACGGCUUGAGUAUGGGUAACUGUUGAUUGAAUUUCUGAUUGAAUUAUGAGUAGGAAUGGGAAGGGCAAUUAAAUUCUCAUCAUGACACUGUGACAGACUCAGAGACAAUGUGCUCAUGCCAAAACAUAUUGUUCAAGGCCUGCAAGUACUUAGUUUUCAAAUAUAAAUAUAUAUAUUUUUAAGUGUGUUUAAGGCACAGUUUCUAGGAUGACUAGCCCACUUUCAAACAUCUAUUUUUUUAUACACCUACAUGUUGGGACAGUACAGUUUCAAAAUCCAAGUUUGUAGGUUGGUACAAUUUUAAAUGACCAUUUGUUAGAAAGAACUAAAAUAAGGUUAUUAACUGAUUGCACUGUUAUUAAAUGGUAAAAAAGGUACUAUUACAAAAAACUAUUUAUUUUUUAGAUUUUUCUCCUCAUACUGCUCUGUAGUAUAAAAAGAUCUGUGUAUGUAGGCCAGAUAUAUUUGUCUUACUAGUCUAAGGUUCACCAAUACAGCAGUAUGCCUCUUAGCUUACAAAUUUUUGCCAUAUUUUGAAAAGCACUAUACUGGAUUACUUAAUAUCACAUUUAACCUACUGUACAAAGAAAACAAUCCUGUAAAACAAGAAACAGGCUAUGUAAUAAGUACAGUAAUAGGAAAAAUGAUCUGUACUUGGCUAUGUCCAGUGGUACUCACUUCUGUUCCUUAAACUGUAUUCCUCCAUCUAUGAAGGGUCUGCUAAGGACUGAUAAGGAAAUGGAGGGAAGAAAAUAGCUUAAUUAAUGUAAUUAUGAAGGACCAAGAUGGAACAAUAAACAGUCUGAAAUAAGGCAUCCCAGAGCAUGAUACUUUUAACCUCUGCUCUGGGGAUUACAGUGCACAUUUCAAGAUAUCUGCAUCUCCCCUCAUCCCACCCUCUGGUUCGGGCACCUCCCCAGUACCAAAGAUAUUACUCCUGUUCCAACCAGUGACACACGAGGCCAUCAUUUCAGAAAGUGUCAUAAAAUGAGGCAGAUGUUUUUUUCAUUCGUCAUUUUUUAAAGAGCUUGUGCCAGACAAAAUCAAAUUUGCCAAAGUGUAUCAAUACAAAAGGCAUCUCUGAAAAGUCGUAGAAGUAAUUAGUGAUUUCACAAAAGUCACAAGUCAGCAUAAACAAAACCAGAUGCUUAAAUCCAGUUGAGUCAAGGACCUGCCUCUGCUUUUAUUUGUGAUGCCACCUCGCCCUCUUGUGGCCCUACUCUCCAACUGCAUCUUAAUGACGUUUCUUAUUCUACCAUAGACUACAUACUGUUUAAAAGGGCUUAGUCUCACUUAUAGAACUAGAGCCUCACACAUCAUUAACAUAUUUUGAGACUUACAACAACACAUGCACAAAUUUAAGUGUACCAAUCUAUAUGCAUAUAUUGGUGUCAACAUUUUUAAAUGAAACAGUUUAUACAAAAAGGCAGCCUUUGAUAAAGACCACUAAACUAGGAACAUAUUAUGUUUUACUAAAAGACUAAAAUUCACUACUGUCUUUUUGGGCAUUCACUGCCCUUCAAAAUCUUUAAAACUUAAAUGCCAGAAGAAUAAAACAAUAAGAAGCUGGUAGAUUCCUUUUUGUUAGGUUGAGCUGCUAUUGACUAAUAGCUUUUCCCGCAGACCUGUACAUUUCUCAACCGAAACCCUGCUCAAAUACAGAAGUAGCCCCACAACAAUGAAAGACAAAAAACGCAUAACCAAUGAACACAGAAAGUUAACUUCAAAUGAUGAGUAACCCCCUAUGCUUGAGAAAAUGUACCAAUUCACUAAAUUAGGAGUCAAAACAUAAAACAUAUUAGGUAGGCAACACAAGUAUCUUCAAUGAACCUUUAAUGACACAAACACCUGCAAAAACGUCAGUCACAAAGAUGACAUCCAGAAGAACAACAAAAGGCAAAGAAGUUCCACCACAACAACGUUUCAUUUUAGUGCUUCAGAAGGCACCGAGGCUGCACCUGAAAUUUCAUAAG